UGUUCACAUUGCUGCUGCCUGUUGCUGAGUGGAAAAACAAGCAGAAAACCUUGGAUUCAAACAUCUAUUGGGUUUUGUUUUGCUUUAUUUUGUUUCUUUUCAUUUUUACUUAAGAAGAUGAACAAUGAAACCACAACCUCGAUAUCCUUGAAGGAGGCAAUAAAAAGAGUAGACCACAAACUCCAAGCUUUAGAAGCACAAUUCAAAGAACUGGACAAUACCAAAGAUAAUCUGACACAGAAAUUUGAACAUCAUAGCAAGACUUUGGCAAGCCAAGCAGCUCAAGAUGAAAUGUGGACAGCAGUUUUGGCACUGAAGUUCACUUCAAUUGAAUUGAAUAUUUUAUACAGCUACGUCAUUGAAGUACUUAUCAGCUUGCACACACGUGUACUUGAGAAACUACCAGACCUGGUGAGAGGUCUUCCCACCUUAGCCUCUGUCCUUAGACGAAAAGUUAAGAACAAGCGCAUUAGAGUUGUGUGGGAGUCUGUUCUGGAAGAAUGUGGGCUGCAAGAAGGAGAUAUCACAGCACUUUGUACUUUCUUUAUUGCAUAUGGUCACAAGGCAGAUCAUUAUGCUGCUAAAGUACGACAGAUGUACAUCAGGGAUAUCACAUUCAUGAUCACUAACAUGGUAAAGAACCAGGCUCUGCAGGAUGGUUUGCUGAGGGCUGUUCAGGUCAUUGAGAAAGGGAAAGCAGAGAGGAUCCCUGAAGAGCAAAAGUCACCCCUAAAAGAGUUGAUAUCAUCAGUCAAAAACUAACCUUCUGCCCCACGAUCCUGAUGUCACUUGUAGUAAUUUAUCUUGAAAAUAGUAAAAUGUAUGCAUAAUUUAUUUACUGCAGAUUUAUUGUUAUGGCAAAAAGUAAAAGCAGUAUUAAAGAUUUUGUAAGUGAUACAAUGAAUAUUUUCUAUUUAGCUCUAUAAAAGAAUGAAGAGACUCUUUGUUUAAUGAUGGGGAGUUAUCACCAUAAUGUAUUGUUGGUGUUGUUAAUUAUAUAUUUAUUGUUAAGUGGAAAAAUAUUAUAUAACAUAUGUAUAUAUGUUAUAUAACAUAUAUUCUGCAGAGAUUCAUAAAAUUCUGCAGAGAUACAUAAGAAAUUAUAUUAGUUGUUUCAGGAAAGAAAUUAAGACCUUAGAGGUCAAAGAUAUGAGGAAGUCAUUUCACUGUUAAUCCCUUUUGGACAUUUUGAAUUUUGAACUAUGUGAAUGUACUACUUAUUAAAAGGUGAAUAAAAAUAAAACACCUAAAAUCUAUAUUAUGAGAUGCUGGCAUAUAUGUGUUCUCUAGUAUAGUAUCAUAGUUAUUUAUACUAAAAAGAGAAUUAACUGAUCAUUUAUUUAUAAUGGUUAUUGAAUACCAAAUGCCAUGUGCUAGGUGUUGUAAUAGAAAUAUUUAAAAAUGUGGACCCUGUUUACAAGGUGAGGAUUAAGUACUGACACUUUAUUUGGAAGGUACAAAUUCAGGUGGUCAGAGUGAGGAGGCAUGCUGAAAGAAAGUAGGGUAGAGAAGGAUAUGAAGUAAUAUACCUUGAAGAUGAGCCAUGAGAGACAUAGCAGGUUGUUCAACAGGUACAUCUAUCACUCUGUCCUUCUGUACCCACAUACUGUUUGAGAAAAUUAGGCCUUCGAAGGAAGAAGGAAAGCAAAUUUGUCUGUUGUACUCACUCAGUCUAAACUGUUUUCAAUUGCCCAAAGUUCCUCCAUGGGGAGUGAUAUCCUUCACUUCAAUAUGCAUUAUCCAUGCCCUCCUAGCAGCUAUUAGAAGCCAACUCCACAAAACAAAUAAAAAAAUUUCAAAAAAGAAGCCAACUCUUCAUUGUUCAGAAGUCACAGGAGGAAGAUGGGCAUGAGGAUGCAUGCCUGUAAUUCCAGUAACCCAGAGGUUGAGGCCAGCCUCAGCAAUUUAGCAAGACCCUAAGCAAUUUAUGGAGAACUUGUUUCAAAAUAAAAAAUAAAAAGGCUGGGGAUGUGGCUCUAUGUCAUACAAAAAUAUGUCUCUGCUGGGAGCCAUUAGCCAAGUAGGUAUGACAAUUUCCUUGCCAGCGUACCCCAUGUUGCUGACAUGUUGCAGUGACAUUGAAUGUACGUGACCUUGCUCAAGGACCAAGGCAGAUUAGGGUGUUCCCGGUUUUAAGAUAAUCGUGUUUAGGGCGUUCCCAGUUUAGGUUCCAGGUUUAAGGUUUAAGAUUAUUCCUGCUGGGAAUAGGGCGUAUCCUGCUGCCUGAGUUCCCCUUGAGUUCUCACGGGAUUCAGACAGUAUAUUUUGGAGAUAGAAGCCCAGUGGAGGUGGGAUUUGGGCAGAGAACGUGGAUUUGGGAAGAGAACGUGGAUUUCCCCAGAACGUGAUUGUAGACGGCUGGUGUGAGUUCGGGAAUAAAGA